ACAUAAUGCUUCCCAUAGAGUAGUUGUAUUCGGCUAGGAGUUUAUAGAAGAUCCUGGUGUUGCCGUGCUAUGCUACUUUUGGUUUCAACUUCCAUGGCCACCAUUGGAAUCAGACUGGAGACGGAGAAGAAGAAGAAGAUAAUAUAUGGAGGACGGCGCCAGAAGACUAUGGAUGGGAAGGCUAUUGUAAAAAGGUUUAUUUCAACAACCCUAUGUGGCCAGUCCUCAAUAUAUGGAAAAGUGCUUGUUCUUGAUGGCAUUAUCCAGCUGAGUGAGAAAGAUGAAUGUGCAUACCAGGAAAGGAUAGCACAUCUACCUCUUUGUUCAAUUUCCUCUCCCAAGACAGUUCUGGUUGUUGGUGGUGGUGAUGGUGGGGUUCUUAGGGAGGUUUUUCGCCAUCCUUCUGUUGAGCAUAUUGAUAUAUGUGAGAUAGAUAAGAUGGUUAUAGAUGUGUCCAAUAAGUUUUUCCCUCAGUUAGCCGUUGGAUUUCAGGAUCCUCGCGUCCACCUUCAUGUCGGUGAUGGUCCAGCCCAAGAGCUUGUAGAGAAGCCAGUUUUUGAGACAAUAGCUAGAGCAUUAAGGCCUGGUGGUGUUCUCUGUAAUAUGACAGAGAACAUGUGGCUCCAUACGCAUCUUAUUCAAGAUAUGAUCUCUGUUUGCCGUCAAAUAUUCAAGGGGUCUGUCAAUUAUGCUUGGGCGAGUGUUCCUACCUAUCCCAGUUAAUACUUUCCUUUUCACGCAUUAAUCUACUCUCGCUCUCACCCUUUAUAUAUAUAUAUAUAUAUAUAUAUGUUUUUUUUUAAUAUGGCAAAGAAGUCUCGAGUUUCUCGGUGAACUUGUAUUAUUUAUGCAUUGACAAUGACUAGACUAAACACAUCGCUUAACUGCUGAUUCUUGAUCCUUCUUAA